AGCGUUUAACCGCCGGUUCUCGCCCCUUGGCAACCCUAACAGGGUUUGCCACUCUCCUUUAUUCUUCUGCCAACAUCGCCGUCGAGCAGCUUUUUUGCUUCCUCACCGCCGACAGGGAGGACACAUCGUGACGUCGUCCUUGCCUUCACCGGGCUGGCCCCCCUCCUUUUUGACCACGCUUUCAACAACAAUCUUGACUGGCCACCUCCUGGUGGGGAAGCUGUGCUGGCGGCAGGACUGGAACACCGACCCUUUCGUUAUCCCGUUCUUAAUGCGAUCAAACCUCGACCGGGCGAGCCGCGGGAGGGCAGCUGAAUUAAAAAGAAACAGGGUAGAUACCCUCUAAUUCAAGAGCAAGAGGAGGAUACAAAGGCACAGAACACCACGAUGCUUUGGCAACGGACAUUUGUCGCCUCCUUCCUGGCGAUAGGGGCGUAUGCUGGAAUCGGGGAUUUUAUCAUGGAGGGACUGAGGCGCAACAGCCCAGGGGUGGAACGGAGGCUAGAAGAGAUGGCCAGGGCAAACGUUAGGAGUUUCUUACAGGCGAGGCAGUCAGCAGGGUUGGGCGGCAGCAGCAACACACCACUGAAUGCCGAUGGCAGUCUGGACAUGGCGGCUUGGAACGAGGCGGCCAACACGGCGUGCCGGGACGCGCUGAGGAGUAUGCAACGGGCAUCGAACCCAUCCGGCGCCUGUGUGUGUUACAACCUGCCGCUACUCGACAACUCGACGGGGACAUUCGAGGCCGAUUUGAGGUUAUUCCAGCUGAGCGAACCGACGGGCGAUUUCCAGGGGAUACCGCAAGACAAGAUCGAGAUUGAGCUCAGCUACAAUGGCGCCUCGGUGUCUGAAGUAAGCCAGCAGGCGGCGACGCCCCUGAAGGUCCGGCAAGUCAACAGCGGGGAUCUUCCACUGCUGCAAUCCUACUUGUUCAUCGGACAGAUCGACCGAGACCGGAUGUCGGACGGGUUGACGAUCGAACUCCAAGCUCUCGUCGUGCCCAUGGUCACGCUCAAGGCCAUCAACGGCAACGGCCAAACCGUCAGCACCAACGUCUCGUCGAACGAAGCCUCCUUUGUCACAGGCUUCUUCUCCCAGGAGUUGGUCCUGAGCAACUUCACCAUGGCCCAGCUCGCCGUCGACGCGGAACUCGCCCGUCUCCGGAACGGCACCGUGGCCUUUGUGCUGCCCGGUGUCCAGCUCAUGAUUUUCCCCGUCGGUCUCAUCAUCACCAGCGUGUGGCUGGCGUUGGGGCUCCUCGCCUACGGCAUGGGCACAUAUGACAGGUACAACUUUAGGGAGAUGCAUCGGAGGAGAAUGGCCGUGGUGGAAAAGGGCCGUGUGGCCAGGAUUUAGGAGCCUUGUUUGCCGGUUGAAGAGUGGUCUCUUGGGCAAGCACGUCUGUUUCUCUCGUUUUUUUUAUAUGCUAAUACCAGAUGAUGUGCGAAAAGAGCAUGUUUGUUUUAUAUCGUCGUUAUUUUAUCAAGCAGCUCGAUAU